GAUUGUGUCUGGACUUCCUGGGAAAAGUAAGGCGCAUAUUGUAUAUUUAUGUAUUUGUAGAAAGCGAAGGGCACUCGUUUGGUCAGGGAGCCAUAAGAGAUAUGCUUUUGCUGUAACUGCUCCUCCACCUCUUAGGGCACAACCAGGGAUGUCAUUUUGGUUAUUUCAUAUCUUCUGCACACAGUCGGUUUCAUGAACAAUAUGCAAACCAGAAAGGGAGUAAAGGAUUGGAAAGUGGAGCUGGAAGGCAGUAAAGCAACGAAUAACACACCUCAACCAGUUUCCAGCAGCUACCUGUGAGGACACACAUACCAAAGGCAUUUCAACUGCUCUUCUGCUCGUUUAAAGAGAUGGGACUAUGUGAUGGUAUUAAGGACGUAAUGUCUAAGGCGGUGUUUACUUCUUCUACUCUGUUAUCGUGCCGAGGAGGGCUGCACAUGGCCCAGAUCAUUCUCUCUGUGGUCACCUUUCUCCUGGCUGCCUUCAGAGGCGGGGGCAGCCAUUCCUACUGGGUCUACGCUAUGUUCACCUGGUCCUUCUGCCCCAUCAUGACCCUCAUCAUCACCAUCAUUGAGAUGUUCACGCUCAAUAACAUACUCGAUGGACUUUGCAUGGACUGGUUUGACUUCACCACAGGGAUGGCCAUGUCCUCAACGCUCAUGACCGUCUCCGUCGCCAUCACCUAUGCCAACUUCUAUACCUGCAUGAAAUGCUUUUAUGGCUGGAUAGUGAGUAUAUUUGCGUUCUUGUGUGGCUUGGUCUACAUACUUGAAGUGGUGAAGGACAAAAUCCUGGACAGGAAGGGAGGGAGCUACCUGGCUGCUCUGCCUGGAUUCUGGAAGGUUAUGGAGGCCUUUGUGAGCUGCAUGAUUUUUGUAUCACUGACUGGUUACAGAGACAGCCCGCCUCUGAUCUUGUGUGUUUUGGCAUAUGCCAUUCCUUUCCCCAUCCUCCCUCUAAUCAUAGCCAGCAACAUCCUCAAGAAAGUGAGGAAUUGUUUGCCCUUUAACCUAGCAAGAUGCGAGUUUAUAUUUCUGGCGAUCUCUGUUGGGCUUUAUAUAUUUGCUGCUAUUGUGUGGCCCAUCUUUAUGUUCAAAAACAACCCUCGGCCCAGCAACUGCCCUCCCAGCUACUGUAUCUGGGCAAUAGAGUUCAUGGUUGCAUUAUUUACCUAUGUGAAUCUCGUUCUUUUCACACUGGACCUCAUUUUUAGCCUGCUUGGUUUCUGCGGCUUCAAGCGUGCAUAGUGGUGACGCUCCUGUCAUCUUUUUGAAAAACUCCAAACUUUCCGGAAACAUUAAAACAAAAGUGUGUAUGAGUUAAUAUGUCUAGCUAUUAGAUGUUUAGUUUAAAUAAUGCAUUUAAAGUGGAGUCUCAAGUUGGUCCCAUUUCUGCUCUGAAGUCACAUGUAGCAUCUCUAUUAGAGCAGAAACAGCAGACCUAAAAGGUAGUCUACAGUUUUAAAACAUUAUUUUAACA